ACUUGAGUCUUUCGUCUGACUAGAAUCAGUUUGCGUUUGCUUCCCUUGGUGAUUGAGAGGUGUAGUGGUACGCUGGUUAUUUUGUUCGCGAAGAAAAAUGAUUUAUCCUUAGUUAUCGCUAGCUGUUUACAUCUCUUUAGUUUUUGAUAAGCUUUUAGUGACGAUAGCUUCAAACUCCUCUGUUGUUUUUGAUGCCUGCGUUCAGUGGUCAAGCGCGUCGCUCCCGGCAGCACCACAUUUUGGCGGGAAGCAUGUACGGUAUUUCGCCUGAACAGCUCAGAGCAUUCAUUCAUGUGAAUGAGAAUAAUGAAAAUACGGACGAUAGUAACCUGGAUAGGAAGCACCGGGUGCUCACACUCGAUUGUAGAUCCUUUGUGGCCUACAACAAUGGUCACAUAGUGGACUCUGUGAAUGUCCACUGUCCAGCAAUCCUGAGAAGACGAUGUGGCGGACGUUUGCCACUGAGGACUUUGAUUCCAAACAGUAAUAUUCGAACAUCUUUAACAAACAAUCAGUGUUUUCCUGUUGUGCUUUACGACGACUACGGGCUAAAUGUCAAAAAUCUCAGUGAUAUGACUGGAGAGGAAUCAACAGCAACUUUUGUGGCUAAAUGUUUACGGAAUGAAACGGAUUUGAAGACUAUAUACUACUUAGAAGGUGGCUUUCAGAACUUCAGCCGCCUAUAUCCGGAGUUGGUCACUCAGACGCCCUGUCACAGUCCUUGUGCCUCUCCGUGCCAGAGCCCCCGACCGUUGUCAGGCGGCGGAGGAGGUCCCGUGGAGAUCCUCAGCCACCUCUAUCUGGGCAGCGCGCGAGACGCCGCCCGCAAAGAGCAGCUGCAGCAGCUUGGGGUGACCGCCCUGUUAAACGUAACACAGCUCUGCCCCAACCUCUUCCAAGAGGCCUUCCUCUACAAAUGCAUACCCGUGCGGGACACGGGCGGCGAAGAUAUCGCUGCGCAUUUCCACGAGGCCAUCAACUUCAUUGAUCAAGUAAAGGCACAAAAUGGUAAAGUGCUGGUCCACUGCCAGGCUGGAAUCAGCCGAUCCGCCACCAUCUGCAUCGCCUAUCUGAUGGCCACCAAGCGACUCAGGAUGGAAGAGGCCUACAAAUACGUCAAGUCCCGCCGAAAGAUCGUCUCUCCCAAUUUCAGCUUCAUGGGACAAUUGCUAUCUUUUGAAAACCAAAUCUUCUCAUCUUCUGGAUCUCGAUACCACCAACCGUCGCCCGGCUCCCCUCUGUUGGCCGUGGAUGCGUCCACCCCCGAUCCUGACACUCUCACCCCUUCCAGCAGCGCCAGUCAGAGAAAUGUGUUCGAUUUCAGGCCUAUACCCAAUCCUCCGGAGGAGACGGUGUCAUCAUCUACGGCAGUGUCCGAGAAUGAAUAUGUCACUGCCUCCAUAGUGGAUCCAUGUCACAAACUGAGUCUGUCGCCAUGUUUGACGUGACCUGCGGAUUGAUCCCACUCCUCGGGAGAAUCGUACUUGUAAUCUCUGGUCCAACGCGCACUUGUUAAAACUAAAAUAUCUUUGUAAAGAAAUCAUUUUAAUGGUGUUAUGUGGUGGCGUUUUGCAUAUAAUCAUUUCAUUUUCACUGAAAAUUGAACGUUUUUGAAAAAAUUGUCUUUUUAGAAUAUUAAGACUUUUUUUUUAUGUUCUGCAAUAGAUCUUAUAUCAUUUAUGAUAAAAUUAAAAUGUACAUAGUUGAAGUAUAUGAAUAUGAAUCAUAUUUGCACUAGUCCUGCAACUAGUCAGUGCAGUAGAGUAUAUAUAUAUAAAUAUUAUUUGUCUAAACUAACAUUAUCGGAAAUUUAAGAUUUGUGCCUUCAAACACACAAACAAAAAAAUAUAUAUAUGAAUAUUUCAAGAGCUUUUGUCACAUUUCAAAAUCUUUAUCAUAUUCAAUUUUUAUAUAAGUGACAUUGUUAAGCUAUCUGCAUGUACAAUUGAAAUGAGCUGCUUGAUUCAAUUGACAUUUAUUAAUGACUUGUUUACAAUUAAAAAGUAGAUGACUUAGUAUAAAUGUACGAGCUUAAUGUUAUUUAUUGUCAGUGCUUUUAAAUUUCAAAAGAGCUCUUUUCCAUACUAAUUUUAGUUCUCUUAAUUUAAAUCGAAAACAUUGAGCAGUUGUUUUUAUGAAAUACCAUCGAAUGGUUCAAUAGGUUUUUAAUCAAAAUUUUUAAUUUUUUUGGAAAUAACUGUUAUAGGCGCUAGUUACUGUGGUAACAGUGUCCACAAUGUGGGUGGCGUUUUAUAACAGACAAAAAAAAAACUGUUUUGGCGUGGUUAUUUUGUUAUAGCCAUUUUUUUAAUAACUGAAAAAAGUAAAGAAACGAGCUUUUCUGAAUCUGCUCAAAUUUCGAGACUUAAUGUUUUUAAAGUACUGAUAAUCGCACAUUCUAAUAUUGAUAUCCUACAGCAAUAGCUCUACUUUUUUUUUAAAUUGGAUUGUUCAAAUUUUAUAAAUAUCUUUUGCCCCCGUAUGAAAUUUGUGACCGCGAAUUCAUUUUGACAAUGAGAAUGUUUUACAUUUUCUAGAGAAUUGGGUUUUUAAUAACUUUGUCAAUUGUGAAUGCUAUUAUUAUAUGACUCUGUGUUCAUAUUCUAGUUUGUGUAACUCUAGAAGUAUUGCAUCUGUUGUGUCAUGUGUAUCUAGUCAACACUUGGAAAUUAGCCAUUUGCACACGAUUGAAUAUCUAUGGAAAAAUGCAUAUUAAUAAAUAUCAGUUAUGUAUGUAUUGA